AUGUCUGAAAGUAUUGGCGCCUUAACGUCUCCUCCGGUCAGAACAGUUUCCAAAUCGAACGUGGUGUCGCCCCUGAGCUCGCCUGGAAACUCGGUGCUGGGAUCUCCACGCCAGACGGGCAUGUCGGUGCCCUAUAGCGACCCAGACUCGCGGGUUCUGUCGGAUAGUGCCACUUCUCCUCCACCAGUGUCCCAUGGGCCUCUUACCCAGCCUCCAGUGCUGGCACUUGACUCGCCUUCGCCCACUACUCUGGCACCUCCCCAGUCACACGUGUCGCAGCCUCAGCCAAUCUUGACCAGAAUGGGAAGUCAGGCCAACUCUGAUGUACAACGGCCAUCACCACCCGUGGCUCCCCAGCGCAGAGCAUCGUUUGGGUUGAGCUUCCUCUCGUCCUUGUCCAACACCAUCCGGGGUGGGGCAUCGAGUGCUCUGCAACCGCCACCAUUUGCAGCCUCCCACACGUUUAUGUCCAAUAGCCCCACCAUCGCGAACUUGAGUCACUUUGCUCAGGGCAACCUAGCGGAUGAACCCGAUAACAGCCACGAACCUCAUAAUAAUAACACCAACAACACCAACAACACUACUGGAGAAGCAAGCAUCGACUCCCCGGUGUUAACUCAUCCUAGCUAUUCUGCUACAAACUCUACGGGAUCUGUUCCUGGCUUUCCUGAUGGUGGCAGAAUCACAAGGGAAGAAACUACUGUUGAGGGAUCCGACGUGACACGUAUCAUCGAGACAGAUGAUGCAGAGGCUGGAGCUUCCGACGAAGUCAAAGAUGCAUCCGCCAAAGAUAAGGAUGACUUUUUCUCGGUCAGAUUGACCCCCAUUAUCGACCAUUCAUCCUCCAACACAGGGCUAUAUUUCUCGCCAGUGAUUCGUCGCAUUAAACCCAAGAACCUGAUUUCCAUCGGAAGAUACACGGAGAAGAACAAGAGUGCUGCUCACGCACCACAGGGCUCUCUGGCUCCAGUAGUGUUCAAGUCCAAGGUUGUCUCCAGAACUCACGCCAUGUUCCAAUGUAACGAGGAGGGCCUGUGGUUUUUGAAGGAUUGCAAGUCAUCAUCAGGAACUUUCCUUAAUAACAUAAGAUUGUCACAAGCUUCUCAGGAACUGACGCUUUGGCCGCUUAUAGAUGGUGAUAUUGUUCAAUUAGGGUUGGAUUACCGUGGAGGCACCGAGGAGGUGUAUCGAUGCGUUAAGAUGAGGUGUGAGUUCAAUCGAAGUUGGCAAAGAAAAGUGAAUCGAUUCAACCUAGACAUCCACAAGAAGAUGGCCAACCUUGGCCUCGAUUCGAAGAAUGCAAAGGGCGAAGAUGUUCUCUCCGAGUGUGCGAUAUGCCUUUUGAAGUUAGAGCCCUGCCAGGCCCUCUUCAUAAGUCCGUGUUCACACUCUUGGCACUACAAGUGCAUUCGACCCAUAAUCAUAAAGAGCUAUCCACAGUUUUACUGUCCUAAUUGUCGGUCGAUGUGCGACCUAGAAACCGAUAUUGAGGAUGAGGAUUAG